AUGGCUUCGGAUAUCGUUUCCGCACUGACGUUCAUCAUACAGUUUGGGGUUGAAGUCAAGGACCGACUUGACUCGCUCAACCAAGCUGCCGACGAACUUAAACUGCUCAACGUCACCCUUGUGUCGUUAUUGAAAGCAUUCGAGAAUCCCACAAACAAGAUCAACACCGAAGGCACCGAGUUUCUGGUUAUGCUGGAAAUUUUGGACAGCAUCAAAGAUUCUUGCAAGAAAUGCGCCAAUGCCCUGGAUAAAAACCGUGCUGGAGCGACAGAUGCGACUAAAACAGAGUUGUAUGGCAAGAAAUUUUUCAAGCGGCUAUGGACUCUCUACAGGAUCCCUGAUAUUCUCACAGAAAUCCAGCACAAGGCCGCACAACUACAACAAAUAUCCAUGGCAGUAGUCGUGGCAUCUACUUUAGUUGUCAGCGACGUUAGGACGCCACAGGGACAGAUUAGUGGGAAGGAAAUUGUGGAAUCCGCCCAUAUUGUUAAAGAGACAACUUUACAUUACCUCAGCACGGAUCUUGCUAGCAUAGACCAGAUGAUGGGAAAUCUUAUGAAGGAAUGCACAAAUCUUCGGCAACAACUUCAGGAAGCUACUCUACUUCCUGAUAUUUCGGCUAUUCAAAUUUAUCAAGCGCAGAACCCAGAAGCAGCAUCGUUUUGGAAGGAUCGGUUCCAGAACGACGAACUCAAUGUCUCAGCAUUCCGAUACGAGGCAAGUACACUCAAAAAGCUUUGUUAUUCCCAAUACCUCCGCAUCCUGCUGACAUACGCUUACUUGACAGACGCUAUACGUUUCUUGGGCACGUUUCAAGCGUCUUUUGUUCUCAAAAAGAUACCGACUGGGGUUUGUGAAGCCAGAAACAUGGAACUCGCUCGUCAGGAAGGAUCUUGGUAUCGCAUCGAUCAAAACGGCACGCGUCGUCUUUCUACUAUCCGGCCUCUCUGGCUCCCGCCUCUUCGAUCUGCUCUCGAUCCCCUGUACAAAGGCUACGUCAAGCCUCGGGACUAUUUCAGUCUUCUUCAAGACUCUACAUUGUCCGACACCCUUAGAAAACUGACCCUCGAAAGCGCAGGCUACGGUAUGCUUGUCGAAUGUGAAAGGGCUUCCGGGGAUCUUGCUUUACCGUCGGCAAUCGAAUCACCGUCCGAUCACGUCGGCUGGAUCUCUGCACAAAUCGUGGCCGUUCCAGCACCCGAUGAACUUGGAAUCAUUACCGAACGAGAGGUCAUGAAAUCAAACGGCGAGGAACUCUUUGCUUAUUUCAAUGAUGCUUCCCCAGAUGUCCACGUUUACGUACGUUACCUACAGACGGGUCAAAUCGAGCGGAAGAGUCUCUCAAAGCAAGUCCGUCCGAUCGGUGGCAUUACCAUCGGCGCUACGCUGUCUGUCCGGUAUGCACUGGAAUCAGGGGGUCAUGCUUGGAGCUGCGACCUUCCAAUCACUGAGUUCAAGGCAUGUUACGGGGGACAGUACAUCAUCACGGCGGGUGUGGGUUCGAAUGCCAUCGUGUUUUCCACAAGGCCGCUGAAGAAUUCCUUUGACAGCAUGUUGCGUCAUGAAGACAACUCCUCGAGUUCUGUCAUACCAGAGUUAGACUGUACGCUUUUGGGGCCAUCGAAGGUAUUCACCGACCCACCAAAAGCUGGCGAAAAGGUCCAGAUCGAGCACAAUGGGCGUUGGUACGACUCGAGAGUCACAGUUGUGGACGGCGAUGAGAUAGAGUAUAUUGAUUGGGACUGUUUAUCAGAGCAAGUCUCAACCAAUUCCACGGAAGCUCAGGAUGGUAGUGAAGGGGAUAAGAAUGAUAGCAACAGCUUUGGCUUUACCGAAGAGCAGCUCACACAACUCGGGAAGGGCACGCGGCGGCUCUGGCGACCAUGGCGGAGAAACCUCAGGACGUACGAUGUUCGACCUUAUCGUUGCUUCCAUAUCGGCGACUCUGUCGAGGCACCCGUCAUGUACCCGGAUUUCCGAUUCCAUUACCAUGUUCCCGACGACUCACAACUCUACUUCCCUGCGCGAAUCGUUGACGUCCAGGGGGACCAAUAUGUGGUCGAAUUCAGCCCUGCGCUUUCGGUUCAUGAGUGGUGGCCGGGGAGGAUUCCCAAAGGCGAACAGGUAGAGACUGUGCCAGGAUCUGGUGUCAAAGUGGAAAACCCGUUCGAUUUUAAUCGCGUGACGUUAGGCAUGGAUCAGGUACGUCCUCUCUCCGUGGGGCCACGACCGGCUCUGGGUGUUCAGUCAGUGAAGCCGUCUUGGUGGAGUUCGUUUCAGGGCGUUCAAAUAUGCAGUCUUGAGGAUCUUUUGGAGCGGAGUCUGUGGAACAAUAACAGCGAUAGUCAGCAGACGGGCGGCAUACUAUAA